CAAUAAUGUCAUAAUCAAAACUGCAGCUAAUACUCGCUGAGCACUUGUGGCCACAAAUGGAUUCUCUCAUUUAAUCAUCCCAACGGCUCUGUGAUUUUCUACUACCUGCCACCUGCUACGAACCCACCCUGGAGAAGAUGGCCAACCCACGGACCUUCACCUUCCUCUGUGGUUUGCUGGCCACCCACCUGGUGGCAGCCACCCUCUGCCCUCCUGCGGUUCUCAGGCUCGGCCCAGAAGUCAUCAAAGAAAAGCUGACACAGAAGCUAAAGGAUCGCGAUGCUGUCCACGUCCUUCAGCAGCUGCCCCUGCUCGAUGCCAUGCAGGAGUCGUCCCAGGGUGUCCUGGCCAGACUGGUGAGCUCCAUCCUGAAGUAUAUCACCUGGCUGAAAGUCACCUCAGCCAGCAUCCUCCAGCUGCAGGUGCAACCCCUACCCAAUGGCCAAGAGCUGUUAGUCAAGAUCCCUCUGGACAUGGUGGCUGGAUUCAACAUGCCCCUGGGCAAGACCAUUGUGGAGCUGCACAUGCAGGUGGAGGUUGAAGCCGUCAUCCACGUGGAGACCAGUGAGACCGGCGAAGACCAGCUGGUCCUCAGCAAUUGCUCCAACACCCGAGGGAGCCUGCACAUCAGCCUGCUGCAUAAGCUCUCCUUCUUUCUCAACUCCAUAGCUGAAAAGGUCAUAAAGCUCCUGGUGCCAGCCCUGCCCAAAGUGGUGAAAGGCGAGCUGUGUCCUGUGCUCAGGGAGGCCUUUGAGGACGUGCGUGCGGACCUCCUGAACCUGGUGAAGUUGCCCACUUCUCUCAAGUCUGACCGCCUGGAGUUUGAACUUCUGUCUCAAGCCAUCGAGGGUAGUGCUGUCCAGUUGAACCUAGGGGCCAAGUUGUUGGACUCAGACGGAAAUGUGAUCAUGCUCUUCAAUGACACUGUGGAUUCCUUGAAUCUUCCUCCCUUGUCCGAUGUCCCUUUUAGCCUCAUCGUCAGGAAGGAUGUGGUGAAUGCUGCAGUAGUUGCCUUUCUCCCUCCAGAAGAACUCAUGGUCCUAUUGGACUACGUGCUUCCUGAGCUGGCCCACCGGCUGAAGUUAAGCAUCAAGGCGAUCAGUGAAAAGGCUGCAGAUAGGGUGGAGCCCACACAGAUUGUGAAGAUCCUGACUCAGGACACCCCGGAGUUCCUUGUGGACCAGGGCAAUGCCAAGGUGGCCCAACUGAUCGUGCUGGAAGUGUUCCCCACCAAUGAAGACCGCCGCCCACUCUUCACCCUGGGCAUCGAAGCCACCUCGGAAGCUCAGUUUUACACUGAAGAUGAUCGACUUAUACUCAACCUUUAUGAUCUCAGCUCUGAUCGGAUUCACCUGAUGAACUCGGACAUUGGCCUGUUCAACCCUGAACUUCUGAAAGACAUCAUCACCGAGAUCCUCAUCUCCGUCCUGCUGCCAAAUGAGAAUGGCAAAUUAAGAUCUGGGAUCCCGGUAUCAAUGGUGAAGGCCUUGGGAUAUGAGACAGCGUCCUGGUCUCUGAUCAAGGAUGCUCUGGUGAUUACCCCAGCCUCCUCAUAGAACCUGGGACCACUCUCCUCUCUCCCAGUGAAGACCUGGGUCUCAGUGGGCGUGUGAGAGCCAGCUCUGUAGACUGUCCCUCUCUCAACAAAUAAACUCGUCCGUGACUCCUGGAA